AUGUUUCGGUCGAUAAAUCGACUAAUCCUCCCACAGACCCGUUCCAGAUGGUGCCGAUUCUACCAAGGACGUCCGAUGACGGUGACACCCGGCAUCGACGAUCAUGUCUCGAACGUGGUUUUGAUCAAGUCCGCGGAUCCCAAAUUCCUGUCCAUCGAGCUUCAGAUGGGUAAGAAAAAAAAAUUUUUUUGAAAAAUUUUGAGUUUUAGAGGACACAGAGUCUCUGAGGAUCCCAUUGGUAUGGCUUCGGGAUCAUUGUCGGAGCGAGAAAUUCUAUGAUUACAAGACGAACCAGAGAAAGUCAAAUGUGACGUCAUUGUUUGACCAAGCUCGAUUGAGCAUGCAUAAGUAAGUGUUUGUAUUGUUCUUUUGAGUAUUUAGGAACUUCUGAAGAUACGUACGACCCUUUAAAUCCAACAAAUUGCUGUUUCUGAAAAAAAAUUUUCUUGUUUUAGGUAUCCGGACCUUAAUUUAGAUCGCACAAGACUUAAAUACAACAUUUCUUUGAUAUUUUGGGUUGUAGAAUUACAAGAACGUUAUGUUUUUGCUGUUUUGAAGGCAGAAAGUUGAAUUUUGUGAAAAAUUUUAUAUUAUUUUAGGUAACCAGACCUUGUUUUAGCUGAUUUGAUGGGGAAAUGAAGGUUUCUGCGGUAUUUUUUGUUGCGGAUUUUAAAGAGGGACUACUCUUAUCUAUUUAAAAAGAGAAAUAUUGUAUUUCGAUUAAAAUUUAUGUUACUUUAGGUAUCCGGAUCUUAUUUUAGAUAAAUUUUUGUCUCGGAAAUUCAAGUUUUAUACAUUAAUUUGUCGUGUUUACCUCUAAAUUGUAUAUAAAAAAAUAUUUUUAGAUGUAAUAAAAGGGUUUUAAUAAAUUUUCACCUUAUUUUAGGUAACAUUUGCCUUGUUUUACCCUAAAAACCGUAUUUACCCAAAUUUUUUCAGAGUUCCUUUCGAAUUCGACAAGAAGCAUCAAUUGUUAACUGUUCGAUGGGAGGAUGGGCAUGAAAGCACGUUCAAUUCAAAGGAAUUACUGGAUUGGGCCGUGUUUACCCGAAAAGAUUAUGACGAAUGUGCCUCGAGGACUUUGUGGAAUGCCUCAACAUUACGGGAAAUACCAUCAGUGUCAAGGUAGAGCAUUUUGAACGAUUUGAUAGUCUUUUUUGGCGUAAAAAAGAGAUUUUUUGAGCGUUUUAUAUUAUUUUCGGUAUAAAAUGGCCGAAACUCUUUGAAACGUCCGAAUUUUUGGAUUUUAAUUUCUUGUAAAAUACGUCAGCUUUCAUUAGAUAGUCAUUUUUGUUGAUUUUUUUGUCGAAGGAGUAAAUUGCGUUUUUCCAAUUUUUCGAAAUUUUUAGGUAACAAAAUUCAAAAAAUCUCAAAUUUCACGCGAUUUAUCGAAUUUUUGCGGUGUAAAAUACGAAUUAAAAUUAAUGUCAGCCCUCUUUGUAAAUUUUUAUCACCGAAUGAACUGAAAAAUCUGCUAAAAUACGAUGAAAAUUUCGAUUGUUUCAGUCAAAACUUUGAUUUCGCCGUUUUUGCCCGAUUAUUCGUCCGAUUUGGAGUGGCCGCGGUGCUCGGCGUGGAAUCACGGAAUGAGAAAGCCACAAAGAAGCUGUGCGAGUCCAUCGCACCUUAUCAUGGCACCUUUUUUGGCGAUUUUUGGGUGUUUGGCACUAAUGAGAAGGUAAAAUUUUUUGGUAAAAUACGUUCCGUAAUUUUGAGAUUGUAUGUGAGAGUGGGUUAAGGUUUGUUUUUAGUGAUUUUUAAGAGGAAAAAAUUGAAUUUGAACCUUAUUUUACCCAAUGUUUUGAUGUUUUUGACCAAACCGUUGAUUUUUCCCCAUAUUUAGCCGAAUGAAGCCGCCUACGACAAGCAUGAGGACUCUGCUUAUGGAAACGCUGAGAUUGGCCCACAUAACGAUGGGACUUAUAUGGAUCAGACCCCCGGAAUUCAAGUUCUCCAUUGUUUGAGACAGGCCAACGAAGGCGGAGAAAACAUCUUCGUGGACGGAUUUGCGGCCGCCGAACAGCUGAAAAAAGAACGCCCUGACCUUUUCGACGUCCUAGCGACAACUCCCGUGGAGCAUCACUACUUGGAAGGCCUUGGUAAGGGAAUUUGUAAACUGCAGACUGCAGGUGACAUUUUAUACGAACGAGGAUAUGAUCUCUGAUUUUGAUGAAACUUGACGGAAAUUAAGAGUACCGGUUUAUAAGAGAUUUUAAAGACUUUUUUAGCUUCCGAAUUAUGUUAUUUUUUGAGAUUUUUAGAUUGCAAAAUUGAAAAAUUUGGAUUUUUUUUUUGUUUUUUUGGGGUGGGAUUUUCAAAUUCAAAGAAAAAGAGAGGGCUAUAUUGCUUUUACAAAAAAUCUAUUUUUUUGCGACAAAUUUUUUUUAUUUAAAAAUUUUUGCCUUGGUCCCCCCUGACCAUUUUUUGUCAAAACAUUUUUUUUGAAACGUUUUUAGUAUCUUUUGAAAUUGCAUUUUCUUGACAAUCUAUGUUCUAAAACCUCUGAUUUAUUAUAUUUUUUGAUUUUAGAUAGCCCAAACUUUGGGUCCGACGACUAUUUCGAUGAAGAUCCAAGCACUGUAAAUGAAAAAAGAAAGGAGAAAUUACACGCCAGAAGUGUGGGAAAACCCGUACUGCACUGCUUCAAACACAAAGUGAAUCAGAUCACGUAAGUCUAGAACGAUUAGAGUGGUAAAAGUUGGUUUCGCACAGUGCAUAGGCAUUUUUUGAAAUUUGCACUGUGCGGUGAAAAUAAAAUUGAAUUUAUACUGUGCAAAAUGGAUUUUUUUAAAUUGACGUUUUGUAUGGGGAAAUUGUAAAGCAUUAGCAUAAUUUUUAAACCAAAAAAUUUUUUGAUUGUAGCUUUUACACGGUGCAAUAGAUAUUUUUUUUCAAAUCUGCACUGUGCGGCGAAAAAAAUUUUGAAUUUGCACUGUGCAGAAUGGAUUUGAUAAUUUGACGUUUUGUAUGGUAAAUUUUUAAAGGACUAGUUUGAUUUUUAACAAAAAUUUUUUUGAAUUCCGCUUUUGCUCGGUACAAAUGAUUUUUUUGAAAUGUGCACUGUGUGGUGAAAGUAAAAUUGGAAUUUCACAGGGCAAAAUGGAUUUUAUAAAUUGACAUUUGGUAUGUUGAAUUUUUAAAGCAUUAGUGUAAUUUUUAAACCAAAAAACUUUUUUAUUGUAGCUUUUGCACGGUGCAAUAGACAUUUUUUCAAAUCUGCACUGUGCGACGAAAAUAAAAUUGAAAUUGCACAGUGCAAGAUGGAUUUUAUAAAUUGACGUUUUGUAUGGUAAAAUUGGAAAGCACUAGCGUAGUUUUUAAAUAAAAAAUUUUUGAAUUCCGCUUUUGCACGGUGCAAUAGGCAUUUUUUGAAAUCUGCACUGUGCGACGAAAAUAAUUUUGAAUCUGCACAGUGCACUGGAAUUUUUUUUUUGAUUUUUAUUAUUUUUUCAUUUUCAGGUUCAAUCCCUAUGACCGAGCGCCCCUCCGGACCCUCCGAGUAGUCGAACUCGACGCCAGUGCGGCCGAACGCAACGUGGAACUCACUGUUUUGUGGUACGAAGCCUAUGAAAAGCUCUCCCAAAUAAUUCACAACGAGAACAAUGCACUCAAAGUGAAGCUACAACCAGGAACAGUUGUGUUUUUCGAUAACACACGGAUUUUGCAUGCUCGGAGCGGAUUUGAAGUGAGUUUUCUGGGGAAAAUUAAAAAAAUUUUUUUCCUUUAAAUUUUUUUUGUUUCAAACAUUAUGAAAAUUAAAUUUUUAGCCUAAAUUUUUUUUAUUGCCUUCAAUUUUAUCAAAAUUUUUUCGAAUUUUCCGCAAUUUUAUUUUGACCGCACCAUGCAAUUUUUGGAAAAAUUUUUGAUUGCACAGUGCGCGCCUGAUAUUUUUGGGUAUUGAUCAAAAUAUUUGAAACUGAAUAUUUUAUUCACCUACGGUUGUGUUUUGCCGAUGGCGAUAUUUUGCGCGGUGCAAUCUUUAAUUUUUUUCCAACUGCACAGUGCGAUUUUUUAAAAAGUUCUAAUUGCACCGUGCGAAAUGUGGAAUUUGUCGCUGUUUUUGAUUAAAAUAAUUUAUAAUCGACUGAAAAUUAUUGUUCAUGUUAGAUUUUGCCAUUUACAGUAUUCUUGACCAUGCAAUUUUAAAUUUAUUUUUCGUCGCACUGUGCAAUCCCCGAAAUUUUAGAUUUUUUUUUGCAAAAAGGAAAUAAGAUGGCAGUUUGUUGUAAAAUAGUUUAUCAACAAUGUCUGUGGGAGUGUUUUCGACCCCCAACUAAUUAGAUAUUCGAUUUCAGGGCCAUCGAAAAAUGUGCGGCUGCUAUUUGAGCAGGGACGGUUUCCUGGCCAAAGCACGGCCAUUAUUGACCUCCGACUACUAUAAACACAUUUAG